UAGCCGGUGGUUGCGUUUUUUUAACGGAAGGUGUUGUGUGAAGCUGUAAUAAGUGAUACGCAAAUAUUAAAAAAAGUUACGCGCUCAACAAAUUUUUGCAAUUAACGCUAUUCGGAUUUUAUGCAGUUCACUUUUUGUGAAGUGUAGUGGUUAUAAAUAAUGUCGAAUGAGCAAAACGAAGAAUUACCAACUUCGUCUGCUAAUACUGAAGGAAAAAUUAUUGAUACUACAUCAGAUCGCACAUUUGCUAAAUAUCGUUCACUUAUAAUAUCCGAGUGUGGUUUUAAAAUAACCACGACGGAAAGUUAUUUGAAGCGUCUUCAAAAUUUACGCAAAGAAUUGACUUACAUUAACGAGACAGAUUGGAUGUUUGAGCCUUUGGACAAAAAACCGUCUCAAUAAAAAUAAAUUGCUUUUUAUAAACAAA